AGCUGGCGCAGCAGUCCACAGUGUUGAGUCAACGUUGCAUCUGCGAGGCUGAGGCAGCGGCAGCUCCGCUGUGCUAUUGCGAGACAGAUGCGAUGACAUAGUGGCUGGACGAGCUAGUGUUACCUUGACACCUGGAUUAGAUCGUGUCAUUUUGUUGCUUUUUUCGUCGGUUUGCCAUGUUCCAGUUGUAAUUAGUAAUUUGUUUAAACUGGCUAGAUCACAAGCUAGUCGCCAAUGUUCUCUGUGAGCUGCCCUCGCACAGAUUUCGAUCUAAGUUGCUGCAAGCUAGUGUUAGCUCGCUGCUGCUACCCAUCAGACAUCGAAGUGGCCACAUAAACAUGCGGAUCAUCGAGGCGGAGACCCCCGGGACAUCUCUAACGUUAAACGCUUUCUGCAGGACACGAGUUUCGACUGGCCGCUGACCGGACUCCGCAGAGUCUCUGUAGAGGGAAAGAGCAACGGAUCUCAAGGACCAGAUUGCCCGCUGAACUUUUUGCCUCUCAGAUAGACCAUCAGGGACCAUGCUGACCAUCCUAGCUGCUGGGUCUGUGUUCUUUCCAGGCCUUUUCCUACUGUCCAAACAAUGUCUGAAGUCCAUCCCAGCGCUGAGAUGGAGCGAAGGAGAUGCGGUCAUCGUGUCUGCAAGGUUGGUGUCAUCAGUCCAGGCAGUCAUGGCUUCUUCAGCUGGCUACAUCAUUGCUUCUUCCUGCGAGGACAUCAUCGAGGACCAGCACUGGCUGACCAGCGCUUACAUCAUGUUUGCUGUUCCCUACUUUGUGUACGACAUCUACGCAAUGUUCAUGUGCUACUGGUACAAACUACGGGUCAAAGGGCACGAGGAGGCCUCUGCAGCACCCCAGCACAUGAGCUCAGCUCUGACCAGCUACUUGCGUCGCGAGUUCCUCAUGGUGCUGCACCAUGUUGUCAUGGUCACCGUCUGCUUCCCUGUCUCUGUGUUUUGGCGACAAGGAAAGGGAGAUUAUUUCCAAGGUAUAAUGUUCAUGGCUGAGCUCAGCACUCCAUCUGUCUGCUUAGGAAAAAUACUCAUCCAGUACAAACAGCAACACACUCUACUGCACAAAGUGAAUGGGGCUCUUAUGCUGAUCACUUUUUUCAUCUGUCGAGUCCUCCUCUUCCCUUACCUCUACUACGUCUAUGGAAGGUACGCAUCCAUCCCCUUCCACAUGGUCCCCUUCUCCGUGCCCUGGCACUGUAACCUUGGUGCUGCUCUGCUCAUGGCCCCGCAGCUCUAUUGGUUCUCCCUAAUUUGCAGGGGCGCCUUGCGACUGUUCACAGGCUCCUCCCGCUCUCAGAGACCGCGCCCGAACACAGCCGCACCAAAGGAGCGCCAGACGGAUAGCGGUGCGCUGCCCCAGCCCGCCAACGGCUACAGCACGCGCUCUACAGAGCCUGAGCUGGCCACUCACUGAGAAGAGUGGCAGGGGAGGGUGAGGAGGGAAGGAAGGCGAAUGUACCAAUGAGUAUGUAAAGGAAAGAAAGCUAUGAGGGGAAAAGCGAGACUUGAAACAAGUAGCAAUAUGGAGAAAGCUACAAACGAUCAGCCUCAAAUUGUGCUGAAGUCCUUGUGGCCGGCAGUCAAACUCUUAACCGCUGAAUGAUUUGGUUGCCGGCCUUCAAGUACUUCAGCUUCUCAGUCGGUAGGAAACAAAUGAGGUGUUUGCGCACUCUGUAAUUAAAGAUGUCAUCAGGCACUGUGACAGACAGGAACAUGCACUGACCUGAGAGGAAUUUGCCUGGAUGUAUAGCAAGAAUAGGUGGCUAUUUCCCUCAUGUAGAUCAAAUUCAGUCCUCUCUGCCUCGUGGUACGAGAAGAGCAGGAAAAUAGGAAUGUAUUAUAUUGUAUGUUAGUACAUUUGCUGUAGAUGGAAGGCCUAAUUCAGUUUAGUAAUGAAGAAGACCUUCAAAAAAAGAAAAAAAAAUCCCAGCUAAGCAGUAUUUUGACUUGUUAGUGUUUAUUAUCUGUAUCCUCUAUGUAGUCACUGUCACUCUAACAAAAUGUAACCAACCUGCAGACUGACUCAUCUUUAGAAGGGAGAUAAUCUCAUAAGACUGUAUUCUGCUGCCUUAUCCCUUUUCCCCAUUCUUUGCAGUUUCUUUUACGUUUUUAUUUAUUUUUUAUCCUUGGAGGAGAAGGAAGAGGUUUUCCUCGGGCACAAAAAUGUGACGGGUGUACAUAGCCGAUGUAAAAUUGUCCUUAUUUCCAUGUCAGUAUUAGGUCAAUGUUAAUUCCCCGACCCUCCACUUUUUAGGUUUUGUGUCAUCUCUGCAUCUGAUGUUUCAACUUUUUAUUUUGAACAAUUACAUUUCAGCAUUAAAGCAAAACAUUUCAGUUUUACAGCUUAGUGUACGCAGGCUACUCCCUAAUGUUAUGCCAGUGCUUCUCGUUUUAGUGUAGAUAUGACUUCAUUCCAUUUACUGGUAUCACACAGUGUUUUUUGCAUACAAGGAAGUGAUGCACAGUAGCAGUCACUUUAAACUGAAUUUAGCAGUGUUUUUGUUAUCUUUUCUUUUUUUUUUUUUAGUUUGGUGCUGAUGUAAAUCUCAAAAUAUCCAUUUGAUUGGCUGAAAUAUUUCACGUGAGGUUUGAGUAUUUUUAGCUUUGUUCGGGGACUUGCAAUUCCACAGUUUGAAGGGAAGCAAAAGUGAAAAGUAAUCUUCUAAAGAUGCAUUCCCUUGUGAUUAACAUACAGCACAUUUGCCCAUGGCAACUUAUUUUGAUGUUGCUCAUUCAUUUUUUUUUUAAAACCACAAUAUAGUCUGAAUUAUUUUAACAUUAUAUUAAUUGCUCCGAUCAUUGAGCCGUGCAUUUGAGCCACUGGUUCUAUGAACCAUCUAUGAACAAACUGGCUUGUUUUUAUCAUUUUAUGUUUGUUUAAAGCAGCUACACUGUCCUGGAAAUGGGUCAAGAAAAAAAAACAUAAAACAAAAAGCUCAGAAACCAUCAAAGACAGGGCCGCGUGUGCCAAAACAUCUGGACAACUGUGGGCAUGUUGAACACAGAAUAUCCAUUCCCCUGUUCCAUGAAUUCAUAAGGUACUGCUUCUUGACAAUACUAAAACAUUUCAACUGAUGUACUGUAUAUUCCACAAAAUGCUCGUUAUUUAUUUGUAAGUAUUUAUUUAUUUAUUUAUUUGGUUUGUGGUUUUGAAUGCAUAUUUAUGCAUACAUAUUAUACUCUAUGCUUCUGAGCCUUAUGUGAAGGCUGUAUUGUUACUCAAACUUAGCUAAAAUAUACUUCUCUGUCCUGA